AUGCGUGUGUUUUUUCUUAUAUUAAUUAUUUUGGGAUAUUUGGCGACGGUUUUCAACCACGUGACGUUCACAAAUCUAAAGUGCGGCAUACGAGGCGAAAAGAUUUAUUACUUUGAAAAAUGCUUCAUAAAAGCUGUGAAUCGUACACAUAAGUACAUAGAUAUUUAUGUAAACCUGCAUCAACAAGUUGUAAAUAAUGUCACAGUAAUUAAACUAAUGCGACACAAUAAUGGUUAUAAACCAUUUUUCGUAGAUGUCACUAUUGACGUUUGCAAGUUCUUAAAGGAUCCACGACAGUCGAUUAUUAAAAAGUUGUAUGAUAUAUACAAGAAUAACUCGAACAUCAAUCAUACAUGCCCAUAUAAGGACGUUGUCAUUGUGCACCAUCUUUGGACUGGAAAUUUGGAGUCCGAUUUUAUGAAAUAUCUACCCUUGAUUGAUGGCGAUUACGCCAUAUAUACCGAGUGGUCUGUUUACAAUGUGGCUCGUGCAUUUAUAGAUGUAUACAUAAGAGUGUCAAAUAUAUAA